UGAAAAACUAAUUUAUUUGAUUGCAUGAAUUGAAUGUAGAUGUUGUUUGCUUGCGGGGAAUUUUUUAUCUUGUGAAAUAUUCAACCAAGAAGAAUAAUAAGAAGAAGAAAAUAUGCGCCUGACUCAUCAUCAGGUAUCAUUUCAUCAAUUUUACCUGUUGUUUAAUUAAGAGUUUAGUUGACUAGUCAAAAAAGAUGUCCCAACCAUUGAUAAUUGGUGCUGGUGGUGGUAAACAACAACCAUCAACAACAACAACAAAUAGCUCAACAACAUCACCACAACAAUCUUCGAAUCGUUUACGUCAUUUUCUUAAAUUUAAUGGUCCAUCCAAUAAUAAUAACAACAAUAAUGGUGAUUUACAACAAAAAUCAAAUGGUCAUAUUGAUUCGAAAUCUAAUCCACAACAACAACAACAACAACAUUGUAAUACGAAACCAUCAUCACCAUUAAUAGGAAGAAAUUAUCCACAUCAACGUGUAACGAAAUCACCAUCAAUUGAAUCAACAACAACAACAACAACAAAAUCAUCAUCACCAUUAUUAAAUCGAUGUCAAGUGAUUAAUCUUAAUCCAGUUAAUGUGAAUAAUCAUUCGAAACAGAAUUCAUUCGAUCAUCAUAAUACUGGUUUAUCAUCACCAAAUCUUAAUAAUAAUUUACAAUCAAAACAACAUAGACAUUCGUUUCGUUGUAGUACAUCGACCACAAACAAUAAUAAUAAUAAUUCUUCAUCAUCGAAUCAAUUACGACAAUCACAACAUACAUAUGAUAAUGUUGCUUCGUUGUCAAGAUUGGAUCAACAACAACAAUCAUCAUCAAUGGAAUCUUCACCAAGAUUUGUUCGAAAAAAUUUCGUUCGAAAUUCAAUCAAACCGACUACUUUGACUGCUGCGGCUUCUAUAGAUCAACAGCCAUCAACCUAUGGUCAGAUUAAUUCAGAAACAAAUUCAUCCCGGUGGUCACAGCAACAAAACAUGAUGGCUAACAAUGAUGAUAAUAAUAAUGAUGACGAUGAUGAUGAUGAUGAUAAACAUGGAAAACAAUUCGAAUGGAUCGAAAUAUUUGAACCAAAAUCUCGUACAAAAAUGUUUGCCAAUCUUUCUACCGGUGAAUGUAGUUGGUUUGAACCAAAAAAUGUUCAAAUUCUUCGUCAAUCUAAUCCAAAAAUUACACAAUGGUGGGAACUUUAUGAUCAAAAAAGUCAACGUUUUUAUUAUUAUUCGGUUAAAGAUUCGAAAACUAUUUGGCAAAAACCAAACACUGUGGAUGCAAUAAUUGUACCAUUGGCAAAAUUACAGAUUAUUAAACAAGCUGCAAAUAAUAAUAAUUCAACACCACUUGAUCGAAUAAUUUCAAAUUCAUCACGAACAUCUCAACCAUUGAAUAAUAGCUCAUCACCAUUAUCAUCAGCAUCAUCUUCGCCUUCUUCGGCUACAAAUACUGGUCGAUCACCUCAAUUAAUAUCGCCAAAUUCAGCAACAAGUAUUUGUAUUCGAUGUCGACAACGACCAAUAAUGGUUGAUUCUUUUACACAAACAUUUAAUAACAACAACAAUAAUAGUUCCGAUUCGAUUCGUUCAUCAUCAUCAAAACAAUCGAUGGUAUCACGAUGGACACAAACAACUAGCCAAACACCGGUAGAUAUACGACGGUUACCUGAUCUUUUAUCCGAUGAUUUACGUAGACAACAACAACAACAACAACAACAUGCUCAUCAACAGCCAUCAUUAAGACAUUAUCUAUUGAGUGAAGCAAGAUUUGCAGCACGUGGUCAAACUGCUGGUGGUUUGCUCAAUACUCAUCCACAAAAUAAUGAUAAUGAUAAUAAUCGAAUCUAUGAUCCAAUAGCACCGGAAUCAAUUUAUGAUCCUGUUGCACAAAUCGAUGAUUAUUAUGAUGAUGAUUAUUUUGAUGUUGAUGAUGAUGAAUUAACUGAUUAUGGUGAUGAUGAAGAUGAUGAAAUUAGUUUUGAUAGUUGUGAUGCUGAUGAUGAAUUUGGUGGUGAAGAUAAUUCUUAUACCGAUGAUGAUGAAGAAGAAGAAGAUGAAGACUUGGAAGAUGAUGAUGAUGAAUCAAUAAUAAAUGUUCGUAAUGAUCAAAAAGGUUCAUCAUCCGAUUCACAUAUAGUUGGUGAUGAUGAUUAUGAUGAUGAUUAUAAUAAUGAAAUGAUAUUUAAUCGAAAAAGACAACAACAACAGUCAAUAGAUGAUUAUGAUAUUGUUGAUUAUGGUCAUCAUGAUGACCAUCAAUAUAUUAGUUCAACAAAAUCUGGAACCAAUGCUGGGAAUAAUAAUCGAAUGCCAGCAGCAGCAGCAGCAGCAUCGGGAGGAAUAUCACGUUCAACAUUAAUACAACAAAAUUUAGAUGGCCCAUUAAAAAUGUCAGCAUCAUUUACGGCAACCGAUUUUAAACGAAAUGCUUUAGGAAGAAGUAGUUAUACAACUACGACAACAACAAAUCAACAACAGCAACCAUCUGCCAUUAGAUACGAACAACCAUCAUCAUCAAAUCAACGGGAGCAACAACGAGAAUCAUGUCCAAAACCAGCCUAUUCAAAUCCAUUCAACAAUAACAGUAAUAAUGGAUCAUUACGUAGUAGUACCGGAAGGAUUAAUAUGAAUUUGGAUCAAUCAUUAUCAAAUGAAAUUAAUAAUAAUAAUAAUAAUAAUAAAGGUUUAGGUAGUAUAGCUGAUCGUAUACAGCUAUUUAAUCAAAAAUCAACAAAUCUGCCAUCGAAAACAACAACACCGACACCAACAUCACCAAAAAGUAUUCAUCGUCAACAAUCAAUUUCGGUAUCUGCUUAUGAACCGACAGCUACAGCUGCUGCUGGUUUAUCUCGAGGAUUUUUACAUCGUUCGGCUACAACUGAAGGUGGUGGGGCUGGUGGUGCUAUUGCUGCUAAACAAGUUCAAAAAUUCUUACAGCAACAACAGCCGAAUAAUGUUCGAACAUCAAUAUCACCUGUAUUAGAUCAAUCAUCGAUUCCAUGCAAAUCAACAUCGAUGACAUUAAUAUCACCAUCAUCAUCAUCAUCAUCAUCGGUUGUUAAUACAACGAUUCAACAGCAGCAACAGCAAUCGAAUGAUCCAGUUGGAUCAUCAUCAAAUGGAAAACGUUCAAGUUUGAGUAAUAAAUUUCCCGUAACAUCCAACAACAACAAUCAAUUUGAUUUAUCAUUCGAAAUACCACGGAAUAAUAGUUCAAUUUCAUUAUCACCUAGUCAUCAACAAUCAUAUCGGCCAUUUGUAUCAUCAUCAACACCUGUAGUACCAUUAUCAUCAUAUCCAAUACCACCACCACAUUUACAUCAUUCAGCAUUUAAUCAAAUGAAUGAUGUACAUAAAUCUAUAUUGGUGAAUCAGGCAAAUGUUGCUGCUUCAUUUAAAAAUUCAAAAAAUAAAAACAGCAAUCAAACAGUAACAAAAGGAACUGCCAACAAAAAGAAUAAUGUUAUUUUGGAUUCUAAUCAAACAGUGACCGAUUCAAAAUCAUUGAAAAAAUCAGCAACAACAACGAAAACUAUUGUAAAAAAUAAAGAUAAAUCCAAUGGUAAUGGAAACAACAAUUCAAUUGAAUCAUUUGCACGUGAAUGUGUUAGUCGUCAUCGUAAAGGUGGUAUAUUUUCAAAGAAAAAAACAUUAAAAUCAAUGCUGAUGCAUACGAAAAAACCAUUAAAAAAACCAAUGAUAUCAACAAUAUCGGAUGCAUUAUUAGUAAAAGAAUCUGUUGCUUGUUUUAAAAUUAUACAAAUAUUUAUGGGUGAUCGUUCACCAUCACCAACAUGUCAACAGCAACAACAACAACAACAACAUUCAACCGGUAAUUCAAAUCUUUCUACAUCAACAACCAUUGGUGAAAGAUUAUCACCAACAACAACAACAACAUUACCAUACAAUGAUGAUCAAUUAUUAGUUCGUUUGAUAAAUAUUUGUGUACAAUUAGUACCAUUACGUGAUGAAGUAUUGGUACAAGUUGCCCGGCAAGUUACACAGAAUCCAAAUCCAAAUAGUGAACGUCGUGGUUUAGAAUUAAUGUGUACAUUAUUCUGGUAUUUUACUGCAUCGAAUAAAUUAGCACAACAUUUACAUGCAUUUUUAUUUGGUCAUCGUAAUCCAUUUACGGUUAUUGUUCGUCGAAAAUUUGAACAACAAAUGUAUCGUAGUCGUUAUACACAUUCACAUUUAUUUUAUAGAAAACCACAUUCAAUUGAUGAAGUUUCAUGUGUAUUACGUGCUGUUCAUUCAAAACAUGUUGGAAUUUUUGGUGAAACAUUAUCUGAUGCAUUAGUUGAUUCAACUAAAUUACCUUGGCCUGUUGUUUUACUUACUGAAGCAUUAUUGGAACCAAGACAUGAAGAUCGUGAAGGUGUUUUUCGUUGUGUUGGUGAUAUGGAUGAUGUACAUCGAUUAAAAAUGAAACUUGAUACUUUAUUACCGGAAGAUCGUAAUUUUAAUCAAAUGAUUGGCCGUUCUACAAAUAAUAAUAAUGAUUCGAUAAUACAAAAAACAUCUGGAAAAUUAACUGAUGAUCAUGAUAUACAUGUGAUUGCAUCAACACUUAAAUUAUAUUUUCGUGAAUUACGUGAUUCAAUUAUACCAUCACAAAUGUAUUUGCAAGCAUUGGAAUGUGCACAUGAUCCGGAAAGAGCUUGUGCAUUACUUGAUCAACUUGAACCAUUAAAUCGAUCAACAUUACGUUAUUUGAUUCAUUUCUUACAGAUAUUUUCAACUGAUGAAUUUGUUCGUGAUACAAAAAUGGACGAUGCAAAUCUAUCUAUGGUAUGGGCACCGAAUAUUCUACGUAGUCCAACAACAAAUUGUCAACAACAACAACAACAAUUAUUAUCUGGACCGGCAGCAGCAAAAGCUGCAAUGAUUAAUAGUGCCAAUAUUUAUGAACAUACAAGGGCCGAAAUGUCAUUUGUACGAACAUUGAUUCAACAUUUACCCACUAAUAAUAAUAAUAAUAAUAAUGGAAAUGAUACUAGUCCAAAGAAACACUAAAUGACCAAGAAAAAAAAGUGUCAUGCAGCUAUUAUAACUUUGAUAUAUUUUUUUUUCUCAUUUUAUUUUGUAAAGCUGAAACACACACAAACAUAUUAUCUUUUCAUCAUCAUAUACUUAACCCCAUCAUCCGAUGAUCCUAUGAACAAAAAAAGUAUUCUUUUACCAUUAACAAAAAAAAAAAUAUCUGUCCAACAUUGCUCAUUGCUUUUGAAAUUCA